AUGGGUGUGGAAAUAGACAGUGAUUCCCAUGUACACGUGCACACGUCUGACCUCGAGACUCGUGGUUCCAGUUCUUGUGCGGGAAGGGAGCUCAACCAGCGGCUGUACGGCAAGUGCCCCGACGACCAACAGCACAACUACGUCAUGGAAGUGACGCUCCGUGGUCCCGUGUCGGAACGCACCGGCGUCGUGAUGGUCGCAGAGCAGUUCAGAGCGCUCGUCGACGCUGCCGUCAGCAAGGUCCUCGACCAGGCCACGGAGUCCUCCGAGGAUGUCCGGUGCAGUUCGGAGAGCGUGUGCGUGGCGUUCUGGCACGGCCUGCGGUCGCUCCUGCCCGACCCAGGGAUCCUGCACGAGGUGAAGGUGUACGGGGCGGAUACCGUGGCCGUGUCGUACCGCGGCGAGACCACUUACUUGUAG